AUGUCGCCUGUUCGCUCACGCACAUCGUCGCUUAGCUGGCGGGAGAGUCUGAAAGCUACCUUUGCCUGUUUCACUUUAUUAAUGGACUGUCAUACUACGGCAACUUGUUGGUUGAAGCUUGAUCGCCCUGGAGGUGACCCGAACCAAAGACUUGGUUCGGGAUUACUGAUAAUUUAA